UCGCCUCAGUACGCUGUUGAAGGUGGAGUGAGGAGGUAGUCGCUCUCCGGCCACACUCUCGCCCUUGUCACGCUGCUCUAACCUCUUCACACUUAUCUCACGCAAAACAGGAGAGCUUAACCUACCUUGCUAACACGCUACAGUGACCCCCGGUGGUACCAUGAUUGCCGUCAAUAAUUAGUUUGUCGUGUAUUUUGGCUGGCAAAGCUUUGAUAACAUGAAGCGGUUGUGAGUGAGCCAACAAGCAGUGUUAGUGAGGAUACAACUUCUUCCCAGACAGUUCCCCACCACACUAACCUCUGACCAUAACUUGGACAAUGCUAUGAACAAUGUUGAGGCUGCUGCUGGUGGUGGGUGCGGUGACCUGCUCCCCGCUGCCCAGCGACCUGCCCUCCCUCACCGCCCAUGAUGCCACUCACGUCCAGGUCACUCACGAGGUCCGUCACGUGACAUUUGAGGUGAGUGAAGAGGUGAAUGAGGCCACAGCCGCCUCCCAGGCAACCUCUGGCGAACUACCGGAAGACGACCCUCCUAUCCCAACAGCUACGACCCCGCCUACCUCACCCGACAAUCACCCAUUAGGUGGAAACGAUCAGGAGUCAGGGGAAACAGAGCAGGGUCACUCAGAUUACUUGCACGCUCUGCCUGCCACACACCAGGAUGGCACUCGACACUCUGACGGGACGGUGCCAGAGGAAGCUACUGAUGUUACCCACGCGAAGGCGGUGCCAACGGGUGUAAGAGGGCAGGAGCAGCAAGAGGAGGAGGCCCAUGGGGACCAUAACGAUGGUGAGGUGGUCGUGGACCACCACGCUGGGGCAGGCAGCGCUCAAGGACAUACACCGGGGGAACACGAGGAAAUUGGAGAAUUAUUAGAUAAACGUAGCCACGUCAGAGGUGUAGAGGAGACGUCAGAAGGUAAAAGUGAAUCUGCGGAAGAGCAUGCUGAAGGGGCGGAAGAGCAUGCUGAAGGGGCGGAAGAGCAUGCUGAAGGGGCGGAAGAGUAUGCAGAAGCAACGGAAAAACAUGUUGAAGAAUCAGAAGAGCAUGCAGGAGCAGAAGAACGUGCUAAAGGAGUGGAAGAACAAAUAGAAGAGCAUGCAGAUGUAGCAGAGGAGCAUACUGAAGGAAUAAAAGAGCAUACUGAAGGAGUUACAGCUGAAACAGUAAAAACUCCAGGAACUGAGGAAUUGGGCGCAGUAAGUGUGCGAGCCAUGGAACCAGUGAGGGACCUGGACAGUGAGGAGUCAGCGGAACUUGGUCAGAAAGGUUCUCAAGAGGAAGUGCCAACAUUUGUGAUGGGUAGCUUGGCUGACAUUGAUGUUGUGGAGAGAAGUGACGCUGACGAAGCUAUCGUCCGCGAAGGUACACCGGAGUCAGAGGGUGUGGCAGAGACUGCACCAGAGGAAACCAGAGUCUUGCCGCCCAAAGGACUCUCACCAGAGACCAUUCGCAAAUCCCGUGUUUACAUUGAAGAUCCUCGUGAAGAUUCUGAAGAGAUAACACAGGCCGAGAAGCCCAGCACACACGUCGGUAGUGGCACCAAACUUGCCAGCAGUGGGUUGGAGAUCAUGAGUAUGACUUCCCCAACUCCAGAAGCUCCUCCAGAGGUCUCGUCCACAGAGGGACAAGUGGAAGAGCCAUCACUAGAAGACGCCGAUAUCUCCACAGAAAUUCCACGCAACUCCUCUCUUGCUGAAGAAUCCGACGAAGGAAACGAAGAUUCCCAACCUGACGUAGUAUCAGAGACGCCUUCGGAAAUCGAACCUGUGGUGGGGCAUAGUGAACAAGGAGAACCAGUUGGACAAACAGAAGGGCAACCAAAACCAGUACCUGCAGAAGUACCAGACACAGUAACCACGAUCACUCCACUAGACCCGAGCCCCGCACCACACCCCGGCGAGGAGUACACCGACAGCUACAACGACCCGCUCAACAAUGGCGACUUGCCCGACUUCGAUGUGACCAAGGAGGAGCUGCCGUCUCAGGAGCACCCCAUACCCGAGGUGCCCCCCACGCACCCUAACACUGGUAAGGUGGGGGAAGACGACUCCAGAGACCUGGCUGCCGGGGACCACAUGCUAGAGGUCGACUCCGGCACCUCGUGGGCCUUACCCCCCCAGCAGGAGCAAGUCAGUGCCCUGGCCCCCGACUCCCUCACACCCGGCUGUAUCGUCGGUAUCGUCUUCGGGGUUCUUCUUUCCCUGGUUGUUAUACUCGGUGUUGGGGGCUUCGUGGUAUGGCAGCGACGAACUCUUAACAGACCAAAAGUUCUGGGGUCUGAUCGUGGAUAUGCAGGCUCAGAUUCUGGAGGCUACAUCGAUGACCAGGUUCGCGUCUCCUAUGUUAACUCACAAAUCGACACUCCCAAGGGGAGUCCGGAGGAUCUCAUCAGCCUGGACAAUGAUUCUUUCCUCAAUAGCUUGGAAUCGAUGACUAUCCAGAACCUGUGGACGGACAAUAUCCGCCACACCAAGUUGUAGCCCAACUUCACCAUAGCUUUUUGCUAGGAGUCUACCGCCAUAUAUAUAUAUCACUUAACCAAGCUGCAAUCUCCGGCCAACUCAUAGUCAAGAAUCCACCAAUAUACAGUUACCAUUUGCCUCUGGUCAGCUCGUCAAAUUUAGGUAAUUAAUUUCUCACCAGUAUAGUUAUUAUCAGCCUCUGGUCAACUUAACAUUGAAAUGUGGUGAAGAGUCACCCAUAUAGUUCCCAUUAGUCUUCAUGUGGAUCCCCAGCACGUUGGAGUUCCAUAGUCAGUGAUGUCAAUCUAGUCAGAGGCCACCAUUCCAAUUAAUGGAUUUUGUUAUGUAAUUACUAUUCAUCAUUUUAUGUAUAUCAUUUAUUGAAAGAAGAUACAUGAGUUUUGAAUAUUUUGUGCAAAUAAUCCUUACAUUACAAAUGAUGUAUCUUACCCUGCAAGAGGUAACGAUAAAUAUAGUGAACUAGUUAAUUACACCAAAAAUGUAAAUCAAGAGCAGUAGUAAUAAAUUAUUAUACUGCAUAUCCAGUCUUGUGGAAAAUAGUAUUUUCGUAUUAAAUAUACAGCACUGUAUAUGUAGCUUAAUUAUUAAUGUUCUAAAUUUUGACAUUGUACUUAUAAGUAAUUAUGGGUUAUGAUUUUUAUGAGUUUAUUGAAACUUAUAAUAUAUAUAUCAUUCAGAGUCCAAAAAUGUAAAAAGUUUUUUUAAGAUAUAAAACAAAAGAUAAUUAUUUCAAACAAAACAAAACUCAAUAAUCAUUAAAAAUAAUGUUAAGUCAUAUUGUAUACCAAACUGUACCAGGUUAAGUAGUGGGCGUACCAGGGGUUACCCCUGAUUAGUUAGGCAGAAAAACAUGCAGAGAGUAUGUGAAGACUUGAGUAUGGAAUAUGAAACAGUUUUUCUAUGCAAUUUGAAGAAGUGUAGUAUAAAUAUGAACAAAUAAUUAUAUAGUAGAUGAACUAUAAUAAAAGCAAGUUAUGUUACCAUUUUUGUAAUGUUAUGUAAAACCAAGAUAAUAUCCAUAGCAAUAUUAUAUCUUAAUUUUCUUUGAGUGUGGUAAGAGUAUAUGAUGGUGUAAUAACAAACCUGAAUGUACUGUGUAUCUGCUAGCAUAGUAAGAGACUUUGGUAAUGAUGUAUCUUAAUCUAAUAAUCCAUUAAGUCAAGUCUGAAAAGCAGCGGGUAUGUCUGACACGUGUUGAUAGGCUGGCUGCCUUCCAUCAAACAUAUCUCGCAUUUUUAUAUCUUAACUUAUAAUUACUUCUUUUACUAUAUAGUGGGUACUAUGUAACAUGCUUUUUAGGCCUCAAAUAUAAGUGUAUAUAUAUAUAUAUAUAUAUUUAUAUAUAUAUAUAU